UUAUCUAUGUAAUGACUUGAAAGGACUCGAAUAACAUUUGAAAAUGAAAAUAUAUAUAUGUUAUAAUGUUCAUAGCUAAUUUCUACUUUUUUGUUUCAUCGGUUAUACAACAUAUAUUGAUGAUUUGGCUAAGAAAACAAAUAAUAUGCUUAAAACCAAGACUUUUGCGACUCGCACUCCUCCUGUUGCUGGCGCUGGAGCUGAAGCUGAUAUUGGAUCACCAUCACCACAAGCACCGCCGGUACUUAGUAAAAUUAAAUCUGUUAACAUAUUAGAAAGCGUUGAUUAUACUGAUCAAGCACCAGGACCAGGACUUUCUCCUUUGGAUUUCGAUAAAUUUAUUCCAUGGGUGUGUAAACAAUGGUGUGCUUCUACAGCUAUUCUGAUCACUCGAAAAACGCAAGAAGCGCCCGUCCGAAAAUCACUUACAAAGACAAAGAGUAAGGUACUCUUUGGCCAGGGGUCGAAACCGAAAUCUAUUGUAUCUGAAGAUAUUUCAUCUCCUACCUCUAUAGUAAACAAUGAGCCAAAAAAUAACUUACUCGUUUACGGUGAAGAAGUGGUCCCAAUAACAACUUAUUAUGAUAUCAAAAAGCGACUUAUAGAAAUAGCCUUUCUCGAAUGCCAAGUUAACGUGUCUAGGAAAGUUAUCCACGCCAUUAGCCUAUCCCUGCCUUACCAUGCUAUGAUGACCCGGUUCACAUUCCGCAGAAGUAGAUUGACUGAUAUACUUAUUUACGAGAUUAACAAACUACUUCCUAUUUCAAACAUAACUGAAGUUUGCUUUGAUGAUUCGUACGUAAAAGAAGGCAAUUACUAUAUUCUUCUCGAACAGUUUUCCCAAUUGAGAUAUUUGUCACUUAAUAGAUGCUGCAUCAAUGAUGCAGUUUGUAAGAAAAUUUUCACAAACAUUGAUUUCAAUGCACCAGCUGCGAAUUCUCUACAACUUUUGGAAUUGGGAUCUAAUGAUAUAACAGAUGAAGGAGCCAAGUUUAUAGGGCAUGUGCUUAGAAAAAAUCGAUGUUUAUUAUAUCUCAAUUUGUCUGGAAAUAAGAUCACCGACGAGGGCUUCCGACCGAUAAUAGAAUCCUUGAUGGAGUUUCCUUUAGAACCAGAAGAGGUUUUGACAAUGAGACGCAGAAAAAUUAGAUAUCUACAGAAUAAAAUGUGUGUGUACGCAAGAUGCCUUACGGAAUUAAAGUACGGUAAAUCGUCAACGCCAACAGAAGAUAUAGACAGCAGCUCAUCUGGGAGGAAGCAUCUGAAGCACACAAUGAAAUUCACAGAAAGAAGACGUAGAAAGACAUUAGUACACCAAAGUGUAGCAGAUACAGCUGAAGCCAUGGCUAGAGGGUUAGUAGGGGAUUUUGAAGAUCCUUUCGCGCCUGAGAAUUUGGUUUACAAAGGCGACAAUGUAGCCUACUCUAUGGGGAAUUUAACACUGUGUUACCUAAAUAUGGCUUAUAAUAAUCUAGAACUUCCAUCAGUUAAGAGAAUCAAGGAAGCCUUAGCUUACCAAGAAAAUGUGGCUAAGGGUCGUAGAGAGGCCGGACUCAUCCGAGUGAUAAUAGAUGGCAACUAUAUUCCAGAAAAGUGUGACGAACUGGAGGAGAUUGAUUUAUGUUUAACAAAAGUUCUAAUUAUGAAAAGUAUAGGCAGAAAGCCAAGGAGAUUGUCUUCCGUGAGACGGAUGUAUAGUUACGUAAAAUCUAAUGUCUUUGUUGAAGAUCCAAUUUAAAAAGUCAUAUUUAUUUUGCCUGUCGGAAUAAUUAAUUAUGUUUCAAACGUUAUGUUAUCUUAAGUAUGUAGAAGUGCUUUAUUUGCGAGGUCGGUAAUAUAUUCUUCUUUGGUCGAAUGGGUCAGAAAAAAAUAUUAGCUGUUUUUCGGGUUUUUUUGUUUGCCAUUUUUCGGUUUUUGAAAAUUCUCAGUAACAGUAAGUAGGUAGUUACGGAGUAUCUGGAGGCGUGCACAGAAUAUGGUAACAAGUUCUAUUCCUUAUUACAAGGGACUAAACGAGUGAAAGAUGCCAUCUUGCUUACCCUCCGUGGGUUCAAAUACAUCAUGAUAUUAUUUGUUAGGUUUAAUGAAGGUUUCUUUUCUCUUAAGUGAAAUAAGUACUUAUUUGUGUUUACUUAUUACUUAGGUAGAUAGUUAUGUUACAUAUUUAGAGGUGUAGAGAUGUAACUGGAGAGGUAUUGUUUAAGAAGAUAUUAAUAAUUUAAGUUCAUUUAAGAAUAAGUAUUUCCACGCAUCCACGUUCCUUGGAUCUAAGUUUUUUGGAACGCUUGCGAGGAGCCAAAGCAAUAUUUUGAUAAUUAUGUACCUAGGUACCUAUUAUAAUUUUUUUGCAAUAAAUAAUAUCUUUAAGA